CAUAGUCGUAAAAAUGUUCCGUAAAAUGGGGUGGCAUGAGGGCGCUCCAACCUUUCCCAGGGAGCUCGAGCAAUUAAGCACGGUGCACUGCACGGAUACCGGUUUUGUAUGUGAGCUGUCACACCUGUCUGUACUAAAGGUAAAGGUGCCCUUACUAUAUAAUGAAGGAAUAUUUUUGAGCUCGAAGUCUUGGACUCUACGAAGGUUAAUGGUCAGUCAAAAGUAGGCUGAACAACAGUGUGGAAGUUGCAGCUCAGACUCGAAAAUAUGGACAGGAAACAGGAUUCCCUCUGCCAUUGCGAUGACGAUGUACUGAAAGCAGUUUCUGGAUGUCUCGAACAAAUCCUUAAAAGCAUCAAUGAAGAAGGGGAAACAGUUUCCAUGGCAACAAAGGUUCAAAAUCUGACCAAACAGUCGCAGUGUUCCAUCUGUAUUCAGCAAGAUAAGGAAGAAGAUCUCAGGUCAGAUUGCAUAAUCAAUUCCCCAAAUAUGACCCAGAACAACGAAGAGAAAUCCGAGAGUACGUGCAACUCUGGAUAUUCAUCUUCCGCUGUUGCUGGUGAUUGUCCACUUCCAAGUUUUCUACCACAUGAAGGGCCAAGAUGGGUUCAGCUCAGAGAUAAGAUUUCAAUUGAGCCUGAGUUCCAGAAGUAUGCCAACAGGGUGCGUGAUGAAUCCCACUGGAGCUUAGAUGAGGCAUUUGUAAGUUUUUGCCUUGAUAGAGUUGAAGAGACUCUUGCCAUUUCUGCGCAAGCUUCUGCUCGCCAGAGACCAGCAGCAGUUAUACAAAAGACCAGGAAUACAACAAGGAGGAAAGGUCAGCCACGCAAGUAUGAAAGAGCUCUAAAUGACACCACAAGCACUCACGCAGAGAAGGCUUGUUACAUCGACACAAUUUUCCUUGACGAUCCAUUUGAAGAUGAUAAUGAUGAGGAUGUCUUAUCCAUGGAUGAUAAUCCCAAUGAUGUAGACUAUAAGCCAGUUUCUAUCAUUCGAUAUAAAAAGACCCCAAGCAGAAGAAUGCCCAGACGAAACAGCACAAGAUCCUCAAAGGAUGAAAUCAUGACGGUUUCCAAGGUGAUGCUGAAUGAUGCCAAAGAUGGAGACAAUAGUGGAAAAGACAAGAAACUCAAACCAAAGAAGUCCAAACCCAAAGGGCAAAAUGCCAAAGCAUUGAAACCAAAGACCCACCAGGAGCCAUCACGCAAGAGAGGACGACCACGAAAGCACUCGACUGACUCACCAAGGGCUCAAGGCAAGAAAGGGCGCCCACGCCUGACCGAAGAGCAACGAAUGGCAAAGAGGAAAGCCUACAAUGACUCACGAACGCGUAUGCGAUUAGAGGUCAUACGUGAGGCUCUGCCAAGACUUUUUCGAUGCAAAACGUGCAUGGAACAGUUCACUGGAAGGGAAGACAUGAUAUGGCAUUACUUUGAGGUGCACAGACAGCAACCAAUCAGUGAACAGGACUAUCAAGAUCCUACAAGCAGUUACAACACCUGCCAAGUGAUUGAUAUAGCUACAGUACUCAGAGAAUGCCCUGAUUGCAAAGAAUAUGUUGAGAAUAUGACAUACCACAAUCGCAAACAUCAGUCACGGAACUUCAUCUGUGAAGAGUGUGGUAAAUUCUUUGUGAACAGGAUACGGCUCAAACUCCACAUGCGCGUCCAUACCAUGGAUCGGACUGGUGAACGGCUACACUGUGACAAGUGUGACAAGUCUUACCGUUGUAUUUCCAGUCUGCAACGACAUCAAUUGAUUCAUGCCGGCAAGAAGACAUAUAUCUGUGAUCAGUGUGGGAAGGAUUUCUUCAACAGUGUUCGGCUGAGGGUCCACCGAGCUGUGCAUAUGAAAGAAAAACCCUAUAAGUGUUCAGAAUGUGGGCGGGGCUUUACCCAACUUACCAACAUGAGGAGUCACGAGAGGGUACACACAGGUGUCAAGCCGUAUAAAUGUGACCUCUGCCAGGAUUCUUUCACCCACAAAGUCAGCUUGAAGAUGCAUCAAAAGAAACAGCAUGGAAUUGACUGGUGGAAGGAAAAUGGCAAACAGGUACGUGAACGGAAACCUGCUAAGAAGAAAUCUACCAGCAAGAAAUCAGAAGACAAGGAAACAAGGGAGACAGAAUUAGCUGGGAUGAAGACCUUUGUUGAUCAGCACCGUGAGGGUGUUGAUGAGACUGUUGAGAAUUAUGAGUUUGUCAAUAACCUGAUUAUGCAUGGCUCCAAGACGUAUGCCCAACUAGAGAGUAAGACGAAUGUACAUGUAACUCAACCCUUCCAAUCAAUAAUAAACCCAUUUGAAAAUCCAUGGCUUUUGGCUGAUGAGCUGGCUGCUACCGAUCCAAAUUCAUUGCUGCAAAAUGAGGAAGAUGUUGCCAUGACUGCUGCCUCCGGUGCUUUGCAAGAAAUCUUAGACACAAUCGAAUCCCAAGAUGUGUUUCUGCCAUCUUCAUCGCCUGUUGAUGACUCACAUCCUGCCCUCAAGACAAACCAAGGAAGUCAGGAAUCCUGCGGUUUAUCUGAGGAACCAAUCACCUUGGCUGAACAGCCAGCCAGGGAUAACCAAGGGACAAUUGAUCAAGUGGGAGAUUCAAACUCAAAUAUUUGUGGAGAUGAAGAAAUGUCAUCAUUGCUGUUGCCACAUGAAGGUUUGAGGUGGACCAAACUCCGAAAGCAGGUUGUGGUUUUGCCACUUUUUCAAGAGUAUAUGAGACGGACUGAAGAUGAUACCUUCUGGAGUAUUGAUGAGGCAUUUGCUAGCUUCUGUCUUGAUCGUGUGGAGGAAAUUUUAUCUGUUGCCAAACAACCUGAGGCAACUACCCAGAGAAAGAAAGGGACACGGCGGAAGGGACAACCCAAAAAAUAUGAACGGAAACAGGCAACACCUUUGGAUGAAAUCCCACCGAGAUCUGUACGGAAGAGGAGACGACAGGAGAAUGGCUUAAAGCUGUUUGAAGACGAUGUGGAAGAUGAAGAUGACAAUGAGGAUUUUCUGGCAAUGGAUGAUAAUCCUAAAGAUUUGGAUUAUCAGCCUCUGCCCAUGAUCCGAUAUCCAAAGCGGAGAAGGAAGAGUCUUCCUCGCUCUACUAACAGCUACCAAGCCCCACCUAAGGCACCCAUCAGGCCCAAACUAUCUAUCAAAACAACCAAGCCACCAAAGGCAUCACCUGCCUCCAAGAAAGCAACAAAGCAACCAGUAAAGACAACCAAGCUAGAACCAUUUGGUCCGCCACGUAAGAGGGGUCGUCCCAGGAAAGUGGCAACUGAAACUCAGAAGAAAUUUCCUAAGCCCAAAGUCAAAACGGACAAGCCCACCAAAACGUAUAUCCGCAUGGAAGUAAGACUCCAAAGACUGCCAAAGAUGUAUGAAUGCAAGACGUGCUUUGAACAGUUUCCAGAGGCUGAUGAUGUUAAAAAACAUUUCCUUGGAGUGCACCAGAGAGAACGACUUUUGAUUCCAUCUGAGAAUGGUAGUAAUGAGAACAAUGAAGGAGGUAAUCCUGAAGUCAGGUGCUUGGAAAUGGACAAUUCAGUUCUUCCAGAUUUAACCAGUCUUGCCAACUUGCUAAGACAAUGUCCUAAAUGCAAAAAAUAUGUGGAGAAUAUGACCCUGCACAGGCGGGAACAUCAAGAGAGAAAAUUCAUCUGUGAGGAAUGCGGUAAAGGCUUCACAGAGAACCAGAUCCUUCAGAAACACAAGAAGGUCCAUGAGAUGGAUCGGACUGGAGAUCGCUAUAAGUGUGAGCUUUGUGAGAAAUCUUAUCGCUUCCAUCAAAAUCUGCGCAGUCACAUGCUUUACCACGGUGGUGAGAAGACCUUUAUCUGCGACCACUGUGGAAAGUCGUUCUAUACCAACAACCGACUGAUCAUUCAUUCAGCUAUCCACAUGAAGGAGAAGCCCUACAAGUGUGUCGAGUGUGGACGAGGUUUCUCCCAGAAGAGCAACAUGCAGAAACAUGAGCGAGUCCACACAGGUGUCAAACCCUACCAAUGUGAACUCUGCAAUGAGUCCUUUAACCACAAGGUUAGCCUCAAGAACCAUAACAAGAAACACCAUGGUAUUGAUUGGUGGAAAGAUGUCGGCAGGCCCAAACCUGUCACAACCAAAAAAUCUAAGGAGACAACACAAGCGGUUGUGAAUAGAGAAGAUCAGAUACCUAUCCAAGCAGAAAGUAACCCAGUGCCUCAACAGAGGGAGCAGCCUGUUAUGGAAAACCAAUGGAAAGGCAAUGAAAUGCCCCUCCAGAGAGAUGACAGUGUUGGGAACCAGUGGAGAGACGACAGGCAACCAGUGAGAGAAGUGGAGCCAACAGAGACCAUCUGGCACCGACCAGACAACCCCCUCAGCCUGGAGCAUCAGAACCAAGUAGUGGAGGAAAGUGUUAGAUUACAAACUCUCCACCCAGCAGGGAAUCAAUGGAAGGGUAACAAUCUGCCACUGGACAGGCAAGGGCAAGCAGGGGACCAGGGAAUGGCACCCUUUUUCUAUCCAUCUACGUACCUUCAGGGGUACCCUUCCGGAUAUUCUGCAGUGCCUGUUGUGCCUAUUAAUCCAGACACAGCAGUUCAUCCUGCAAAUCGACCGAGCUACCAGGUGCAGACCACUAAUUCAAACUGUGUGUCUGGCUGGCUGUACGUACGGAGACGUCUGAUGCCCGGUGCCCAUAAUCAACCAAAAAAGGUGGAAAUUUUGAGAAACAAGCAGCAGUGCUUUAUGAUGGAUAGACAUUCCCUUAUCCGAUUGGAACUGAGCCAAUCACCACCUGUUUUGAUCAAACUCCAGCAAGAGGGUGUGAGAUGGCAGAACCUACGUGACAGAAUUAUGACAUCAACUGAGUUGAAGGAUAAUCCCCUUCUGACAGAUAAAGAAGGAAAGAGUAAAUGGAGUGUGGAUGAAGCCUUCAUGAAAUUCCUCCUGGAUAGGUUGGAAAAAGAUCUGGAAGCAGAGAAGGAAAGAAAGAUGCAAGCAAACCCACAUUGCUGUCUACCACAAAUUGAUACAACUCAUCCACAUUCGAAACGUUCCUUGGAUUGCUCUGUGAGAAGGAAUUCCACCUGCUCGUUAAGACAGUCAAACAACAAUUUAAAAGCUGGUAUUGUGGAUGUGGAUACAGUUGAGGUGACCAGAGAUAUUCCAACAAGUGGUAGUUCUCAAAAACUAGGUCACAGACAUGUGAGAACUCAAAGACAUACUUGCAACAAGGAAGCAAAUGAUAGAAUGCCAGUAUCGGUUGCAUCCUGUCUUCAGAAGGAUGCUCACAUUGAUGUGGAAGAUGACACAGAAGAUGCAAUGACUUGCAUGCCUGCUGAGCAAAGCUGUAGAGAUACUGAUUGUUUAUUAACGAGUCAAGACCCACAGACAUCUGAGGUACACCAAAGCACUAGCGACAGGUUAAGAUUGCAUCCACCCAGAAUUGGAAAGGAUGGACAGAGGACAGAGAAUGCAGAUGGAAGUACUGGUCUUCCUCAAGACACAAUGUCUGAUAAUUCUUCCAAAUCUGUGAGAGAUGCAUGUGUACAAAGUGUCAAGACCAUGACUUCACAAGAUGAAAACAGUGCUAAAGGAACAGUGACCAUAGGCGAGGACAAAUUGAAAGCAAAGAGGAGAAGGGGAAGACCAAGGAUAGAAUUAGACGAUGCAGAAAAAGAGGCCAUAACAUUCAAUAAACGAUUAAAGGGGAUUCAAGCUCGGGACCUCCCAAGAAUGUUCUCCUGUCGCAGUUGCAGCCAGAGAUUCCAGGAAGCGGAGGACCUCCGAAUGCACACCAUCACUGCUCACCUCCCCAUUAGUAUACCAGACAACAGUGAUUGCUCAGUGGAAAAGCAUGGCGAGAUAUGCUUCACCCAUAUUGAAAUUGAUCUUGGUCUCUACCAGCAAGUCAGUGAGGUAGACAUCCAGGAACUGGCGAUAGAGCUCAGAUGCUGCCCAGAAUGCAACAAGUAUGUUGAGGACUUCAAAAUGCACCUUGAGUCUCACAUGAUGAAGAAUUACAUCUGUGAAGCAUGUGGCAAGGGAUUUGCUUGCAGCAAGCAGUUGAAACUACACAGUAUUUACCAUGAGAUUGAUCGAACUGGUGAAAUGCAAUAUUCAUGCCAAUUCUGUGGUAAAAAGUUCCGAAGUGCCCAAUCACUGUCCAUUCACCGGCCAUUGCACAACAAGGCCAGGAAUUAUAUCUGUCAACAAUGUGGGAAAAUGUUUAAGGCCAACACACGACUACAGAAACACAUGGCAACCCAUGCACAGCACAAACGCUAUUCCUGCUCUUUCUGUGGACGAGGGUUUGCACAAAAGUGUAACAUGACUAGGCAUCAGAGAACUCACACGGGAGAAAAACCUUACACAUGCAAUCAUUGCAACCAAGCAUUUAACCACAAUAUCAGUCUUAAGAAACAUUUGAAGAAAGAGCACUUGAUUGAACCAGAAGAUAAAACUUCUAAAGAAGUAGAAGCAAUAGAUAACUUCCCAAGUGGACGUCUGCCCUCAAAGAGACUCAAUGUUAAGUAAAAUGAGUGGUGUUUCAGUGUUACUUGUAUCAAAUUUGCUUCAUAUCUGAAGUUGGAAUAGUGCUGCAUUUUAAUAAGUAAGAUGUGUUUAUGGGCAUUUUAGGAUGCCUUGUUUGUAAUUUAAAGUUUGGCUGCAAUGAAUUUUUCUUGGACACAGUUUUAUGCAACUUUGUCCUCUUCUCAAGACACGUACAUGUAUGUGAAAUUUUUUUACACCCCCAUUUGGUUAAAUGCACUGAAACAUGCACUUUUUGAAACA